AUGCACGCAGUUCCUGAACACGUCACAAUCGGACUCCCAAGAGAAGGAUUAAGCACAUUCGACGACAAGACUGAGUUGGCUAAGCAUCCAGCACCAUACAGAAUCAAGGAAAUCGAAGUCCAAUACACUGAUGAGCACAUCAUCGGAACAGUCUUCAAAUAUGCUGAUGCCAAGGGACACACCAUUGAAGGUCAUGAUAUUGAAAAAUUCAAGCCAUUUGGACAUUUGUUGGGCAAAGUACACAAGAAACACUUCAAAAUUGAUGAUGAUGAUGAAAUCCUUGAAAUUUCAGGACACGCAGGUGCUAGAAUCAACGAAUUGAAAUUCAAGACAUAUAGAGGAAAAGAGGAAUCAUUCGGAGUUAAGAAUGGAGUCCACUUCGUCUAUUCAUUCCCAGGACAUACCUUUGGAGCUGUUUCUGGUGGAUAUGAAAAGCAUUUGGAUUUCAUUAGAAUCCAUGUUAAUGAACUCCCCCCUGCCAAACAUCAUUUGAAGAUUAUCAUCAUAAAGAGUUGAUUUAUUAAUUAUAUAAUAAAAUA